AUGCCCAAAGAUCUUGACGACAAACAGACAAGGCAUUCCACGCGCAAGGGGACUCGUAGGCCACCGAAACCGCGGGACAAGGACGUGGAUUUCUCUGACGAUGAGGGACCCUGGGGAUGGAAGGAGGUUAGAAACGCACAAACCAAAGGGCAUAAGGAGGCCACCAACGCCGGCGACUACGUGCGCGAUAUCAAUGCUUCCGUGAAGUCCCUCCUUGCUGAUGUCGACCAACAUGUUCGCGACUGCAGUUGCGACUGCCAUUGUUCCUCGGAUCUCCUCAAAACUCUCCAGUACCACGAGGACUCUAUUAAGGAAAACGUCGAGAGGGCCCAGAAGGCGUUGAUUGAAGUCCUCACAGAGUUGGAGAUGGCUUCCUAUCUGUUGAGGAUAGUCAAGUCAAACAGAUGA